UUUUAUGCGCGUGCACGUGAGCAGCCAGUCCCCACCUCUCGCGAGAUUUGGAGGUGGAGCGUAGUAGUGGCGGCGUGAAUUCAUGCGAGAAGUGGAGAGUUAUUUGUGUUAUCGGAGAGUGUGCGGGUAUCAGGGGGUGUGUUUGUGUGUGUUUGCGGGGAAGCGAGCGAGAAAUUCGUGCGUUUCACGCAACAGCUAAAGCGAGCAAGCUGGCGGACUUCGACAUGGCAUCGGGCGAGACGCUGUACAUCGAGGCGGACGGCUCGGAGAUGCCCGCGGAGAUCGUGGAGCUGCACGAGAUCGAGGUGGAAACCAUCGAGACUACGGUGAUCGACGGGGACGACGAGGACGAGCACCAGCCCAUGAUCGCGCUGCAGCCGCUGGGCACCGAUGACCCGGGUCAGGUCCACCAUCAGGAGGUGAUCCUAGUCCAGACCCGGGAGGAGGUGGUCGGAGGGGACGACGGCUUCGAGGACCAGAUCCUCAUCCCGGUGCCCGUCCCCGGCGCGGAGGACGAGUACAUCGGCCAGACUCUGCUGACAGUCGCGGGGAAGAGCUCCAUGGGGCGGGUGGGGAAGCGAGCGGGUUCGGUGGGGAAGAGAGCGGGUAAACGGAGUUACCUGAGCGCGGCCGAGGCCAGCGGGAGGAAGUGGGAGCAGAAGCAGGUGCAGAUCAAGACUCUGGAGGGCGAGUUCUCCGUCACGAUGUGGGCAUCGGAUGACAAGAAGGACAUCGAUCAUGAGACUGUGGUGGAGGAGCAGAUCAUCGGGGAAAACUCUCCUCCGGAUUAUUCCGAGUACUUGACGGGAAAGAAACUCCCGCCUGGAGGAAUCCCGGGAAUCGACCUGUCAGACCCGAAGCAGCUCGCAGAGUUCGCCAGCCCCCUCGGUAACAGUGGCGGUCAUUUUGCUCGUAGUCCCGUUCGAAUGAAGCCCAGGAAGAUCAAGGAGGACGACGCGCCUAGAACGAUAGCCUGUCCUCACAAGGGAUGCACUAAAAUGUUCAGGGAUAAUUCAGCCAUGAGGAAGCACCUUCACACGCACGGGCCGCGGGUUCACGUGUGCGCAGAGUGCGGAAAGGCCUUCGUGGAGAGCUCCAAAUUAAAGCGCCAUCAGCUGGUUCACACAGGAGAGAAACCCUUCCAGUGCACGUUCGAGGGCUGUGGGAAGCGCUUCUCGCUGGACUUUAACCUGCGGACGCACGUCAGGAUACACACCGGGGACCGGCCCUACGUUUGCCCGUUCGACGGAUGCAAUAAGAAGUUUGCUCAGUCCACCAACCUCAAAUCACACAUCCUCACACACGCCAAAGCCAAGAGCAGCCAAUGAACUCGCUCCACCCUGGCGGACCGUAACGGACUGAACAAGCGAACCGUUCAGGAGCCCCGACUGAUGAUGAUGAUGGUCUUCAUUUCCCCCACUUGUACUUCAGUCUCUGGGCUUCAUAGAUAUAUAGCUUUUAAUUUUCUAUUUCUCCAAGUGUGCAUAUUGUACACUUAUUUUUGGGAUAUGCUUCGUAAUGCGACCUGAGAGUUUAUGACACAGACUGGGUGAUGAUGCGUGUGAACGAUGCGUACGCUUCUGUGACGAUCUGGGUGUGUGUGUGUGUGUGUGUGUGGAACGGCUGUAGGGAUCAUGUGGAGUCGGUCGCGCCGCAUCAUUGACGGUAAACUGCAGUGUUACCUGUCCUUUCUUUUCUUUCUUAGAAUGUACUGUAAAGGUCUGAACAUGAACUAUCCUUUGUUAAUAUUUACACGCCUGUAUUUCAGCAAAUGCGAUUAAAGAGGGGAAACUGUCUGCG